CUCCCAAAGACUGCGGACGGCUUACGAAUCAACGCGUCCGGUCGGCGAUCAUCCUCUUUUCCGUUUCUUUUUACCUUGGUCAUUAUACAACUGUUUGUUAGCAUGCAUCACUCUCAGCACUUUUCCCUCGUGGUUCUCCUCCUACUACUCGUUUUCCAAGCACCCCCAGUAGCUGCGCAAGCAACGACGCUACCCUCGCCACGUAUCUUGAACAUUGGCUGGGCCCUCUUUACUACACUUCUCCUAGGCGGGACAUGUAUUAUUGCGUUCUUGAUCAGUAGUGCAUUUGCUAAAACGUCGAGCGGGAAUGUUUCACGGACAUCUAUCGUCACGCUUGUCUCUGCCACUGUAUUUGGGGUAGUCGUUCUGACUUUGAGAUAUCUGCCAAAGGUUCCUGUGGGUUACGUGGUGCAGGAGGCUGAAGUGGUAGAUAAGACGUAUCACGCACGGAUUGCCUUUGCCGUCCUGUCAACCAUAUUUUCAGUUGUUUCUGCUGGCUGUAGCGCCGCAUUCUAUGCCUUUAGCCCAAUAUACGCCAGGCCCGCUGAUGAUGAGUAGCAUUAGGCACGCUGAUACUGUGAAAGUGCAAACGAUGACGUUUUUUAUUCAUGUCUGAAAAGAAAGUGUAUAUAAUGAAAACGCACCCUCGCUUCCCCAUCACUAGAUAGGAAAGCCCGUCUAUCGCC